GUUACCACUGGCGCACGAAAUAUUUUCCAAACUAUUGUAUUACAGAAACUUUCCGUGAAUUUAAAAGAUUAUCCAUAAACACUCAUAUAUCAUACAAUUAAUCUUGUGGUGUUUCGCAGCUGUCACCCCACCUCGCUAGCAGCUACAGUACGCUACGCGACUAUGAAUCAAUAGUGACAUAAUUCAUUAUAGUUUACACAAGUUUUCAUCUAGCGUUGACCAUGAAAUAAUUUAUUCGGUAGAAUGCCUCCUGCGCUGCAGAACGUCGAUAUGCUUCACUCCGACUCUCAUUUCGAAGCUCAUAUAAAAGACACAUAUAAAAUUGACGAUGUGAAAAGUGUUAACAACAAUGUAUUGGAUAGAAAUGAAAGUGUUAGUGAUAUGUACGACGAUUUCAAUUUAGCGGAGUACGAAGCUAUGGACUUCCAGGCACAAAUUCGGUGGCCGGAUUUAAUCGUGCAAAUUGCCUUACACACCGUGUCUUUACUUGGCUUCCUACUUAUAAUGACAAAUCAAGUGAAACUAUGGACCAUUAUUUUUGUUUUUCUCACAAUCUACACAACGGGCUUCGGAAUAACAGCAGGAGUACACAGGCUCUGGUCACAUAGAGCUUACAAAGCGAAUCUACCUCUAAGAAUACUUCUGGCAAUUCUUUUCACGGUAACGGGUCAAAGGGAUAUUUACACCUGGGCCCUGGACCACCGAGUACACCACAAGUACACAGAGACAGCAGCUGACCCUCACGACGUGCGGCGUGGUUUCUGGUUCGCUCAUGUCGGCUGGCUGGUCCUCACCCCUCAUCCGGCUGUCGAAAAUAGGCGGGAAGCACUCUCGCGUACCUCCUUGGAUCUUAUAGCAGAUCCUGUGGUGCGGAUUCAAAAACUCUUCUUCAUUCCACUAUUCUUACUCCUCAACAUUUUAAUUCCGAUCACAAUUCCGAUGUAUUUCUGGGGAGAGAGUUUUGUGAACAGUUUCGUGGUCAGUUUCGUCACCCGGUUUACCAUUAUGCUCAACAUCGCAUACAGCGUCAACAGCUUCGCUCAUCUCUGGGGAAAUAAACCUUAUGACAGAUUUAUAAAGUCUGCGGAGAAUAAAUUAGUAAGCCUGGCUGCUCUGGGCGAGGGCUGGCACAACUAUCACCAUGUCUUCCCCUGGGACUACAGGACUUCAGAGCUCGGUAGAAUAAACAUUUCCACAACAUUCAUCGAUUUCUUCGCAAAGCUGGGAUGGGCAUACGACCUGAAAGCAGCAACUAACUCAAUGAUCAAAAAUCGCGCAGCUAAAAGUGGUGACGGAUCUUACCAUCCAUCCGAAGAACCCUAUCCAAAUUGAAGGAUUUAAGAAACGCAUUCUCAAUGAAGAAAAACCCAACAAGUCUCUAUUAGUAGUUGCAUAUAGAAAAAUGAAGUAAGCAUUGCUUAAAUAUGUCUGUACGUUGUUAACUGUGUAUUGUUUUUAUUUCAAUGCUAAAGUGUAUUAAUUGUUUUAAAUAUUAAAAGUUUUGAAAAUUUAUUGAAUUAGGCGUUACUAUAGGAAAUCCAUAAUUAUACAAAUGAUUUAUGUUUUCUUUAGUGUUAAUUCCGCCAAUAUUUGUUUUUAAAACAAUUCGACACGUGUUUCGCCUCUACACGAGGCAUCCUCAGGACGUGUUGUCUCGCCAAAAUCUGGCACGAGACUCCGAUAUUUGUUUUAAAAACAAUUCGACACGUGUUUCGCCUCUACACGAGCAUCAUCAGGACGUGUUAUCUCGCCAAUGAGUCUAAAGAAAACUUAAAUCAUUUGUAUAAUUAAAAGUUUUGUUAAAUUUAUUGUAAAAUCUAUGAAUAUUAUAAUGUUGUUUACAUAUAACUUUUCCAUGCAUUCGUUUUCCUGUAUCAUGAUGCUUCUUUUUUUAAAUUUUAAUAUUGAAUUAAUUUCGAUAUAAAAAACUGAUUGAGCACGGGAAAACGAUUGCUGUCAAUGUUAACACAACCAUGGAUGUUGAUAUUUAUUAUGUAAAGAAUUUACUCGGCGUUGGCAGAAACAAUUUAAAUUUUAAUGGUAUAUUUUUGACUGAUUUUACCUUCAAUUUUGAGAUGCUUGGAAAGCUUUUUGUAUGGGUAUUUUUUAGAAGGCACAUAUUGUACAACUAACAUUCAAUUUAUACAUAUAUAAAUAGAAUCAGAUUUAUAUCAUUUUCCAUACCAUUAUAAGUGCUUUGACCAGUCUUCCGUAACUUUUGAAAAGUUAAAGUUGUCAAGAAAUGUCCGACAGCGUUAUCUUGUUGAAGAACAGCAUUGCUUCGAAGCCGAUUUACCGAACAUUCCCUGAGUUUCUUGGCCAACAUAGAUCAACAUACCAUAUUGCGUUCACAAUCCUUUAAUCCUGAAGAAAAUACACCCAUCCUGCAUAUUUGCUUUAUCUUUAACCUCUAAAAAUACUAAAGACAGACAAUGAUUGUUCUUCAUCAAACUUUGCUAUAAUUAUCAGCACAACUCCACACGUAGUCGUUUCUGCUUUUCCAUCAAAUCAUGUGGUAUCGAUUGCGUGUUGAACUGCUUCCGAACUCACAUGUUUUUCUUUAUCUGGACUAAGUCUAAUAUCCGAAAGAGUUUGGUAAUAACUGUUUACUACAUCAGCCUCAAUUUAUUGACGUAGGGUAUCAAUCAGUUUCGGUCACCUAAGUCUCUGGUCAACUUUCGUGUAUGUAUAAUAUAAUAAGUUUACGCUUAUGUUUAAAGAGGCAUGCAUGUGCAUUUGACAUUAUCAUCAAAUACAAAUUGGAGACUGAAAAAUCGUGAGACAUCAGCUAACAUCGUAGUUGCUAUUUUCGUUUUUUUUACUAAUGGCCACUUCCAGAAACUUUCAGGAUGCUCCAUUUAAUUUCUGGCUUAGAGAGUCUGUAACGCGAAGGCUACCGUUGUCUCUCAACCAGGAGGCUCUAGUUUGAUCCUCGCUUUUCCUUCUUUCUCGUCAGCAAUGCUUUUGUGAUAACUCAAGUGUUAUAAGAAAGAACCUUUGUUAGUAUUUUACUAGCCUUUUUCAUAUUUUAUUUACUUGCCAAGUUUUUGAGAUUUUUAAAAGUACAACAAUGUACAAUUUAUAUUAUUUAUAUUUUAUAUCAGUCUCAACUAAAAUCGAACCAUGACUCCGCUGUAAAUGUGAAUCGAUGAAGAAGCUCGUAGUGGAGUUAUUCGCGCGCUAGCGAUUCGACUCGUCACGGCGCGGCAUGUCGCAAUUCAACGCAGUUUCAUAGUUUAAUUUAUAUACAACGUGAAUUUGUGCGAUUCGAUUCGAGUUAGUGGAUGCGAUCCAUCUUACAAUCAUAUUUUCUCGCAAAGUGGCUACCGCGCUAUGACAGUAAGAUUGAGUUAAAGAAAUACGUUAAAUACUAUUUAACUGUGUUAUUUAAAAAAUUUCUUAUUAUGAUCUUUGGACGCCAUUUUAAUGUCCAGAAAAUAUGUCCUCCGAUUCCCUUAGAAGUAAAUUAUAUUAUCCAAUCUAGGUCUCUCCGAAACCCAUAAGGGGAUUUUUCUCUAAAAUAAUAUGAAGUACCUAAUUUCUUGUGAUAUAUUUACCUAUUUUACAUAAUUCUAAACCACGGGACCAAUAAAUACAAAACCACAAUUGUCGCCAGUUUAUCAAUUAUCCAGCCAGUUUAUUAAUUAUCAGUAGUUAAUAUCACCUACUGAAAUAAUAUUAAUUACUACAAUCAUAUACAUAUUGAUACUAAGUUAAAGGAUAUAUAUAUAUAAUCUUAUAUAUCUCUACUCUGAAAACCAAAUGCAAGAGAUAUUUCUAUACUUACCCCAAUAAACCCACUAUAUAUAUAAUUACAAAUGAUUUCGCUGCUUUACACAAAUUCCUCUAUCCUAUAAAGUAUAUUUUGACGUAUCUACAUCUUUAGAUUUACGAGAGCAUACUCAGAUUGCCUAUGAUCUUGAAUAUUGAACGAAAUUUAUGCUCCCACAUGCUCUUUGACAAUCAGAUAUUAUUUCUGUACAUUCAGUCAUCAAGCUCUUUGACUUGCCUAACAUCACCAACAUUGGGAGGCUCCUUUGCACAGGAUGCCGGCUAGAUUAUGGGUACCACAACAGCGCCUAUUUCUGCCGUGAAGAAAUAAUGUGUAAACAUUAUUGUGUUUCGGUAUGAAGGGCGCCGUAGCUAGUAAAUUUACUGAUAAAAUGAGACUUAGCAUCUUAUGUCUCAAGGUGACGAGCGCAAUAAUUGUAGUGCCGCUCAGAAUUUUUUGGGGUUUUCAAGAAUCCUGAGCGACACUGCAUUGUAAUGGGCAGGGCGUUGCAAAUACCAUUAGCUGAACAUCCUGUUUGUCUUGUCCGGUAUUUUCAUAAAUUAAAAAAAAAUAUCACCUUCAUGGAUAUAAAAAAAUUUAAUGUGUAACAAUCUUGUCUUAAUAUAAUAAUACAGGUAGCCUAUAAUCUUUAAUUUUUAGAUGUUUUUAGAUCAUAUCUUCCUGUAAUUUGUGUAAAUUAUUCAUUUAAGUAAAACACUUUUUAAAGUAUUAAAAAGGCCCUUAAAAACGUGAUCUGGAAGGUCUUGUAGCGUCGGGUUUUUUGCGAAAAUCUAAUGUUAAAACACAGUUACAAUAACACGCAUUUUAAACCUUUUAAAAGUGUUUUAUUUUAAUGUAUACAAUAAUUAUAGCCUUAAAUAGUCUCCAGGAAUUUGCUUAUUGAAAUUAAUUCCGUAUUUUUAUAAUAAUAACUUCAACCAAAGAAUAUUCCACCUACCUCUAUAACUUAUAUUAUUACAGAAAUAUUUAAUUUAUAUUCUUACAAAAUGUCCUAACCUUUCAGUUAUAAAAUAAAAUAUAAAGUUAUUAUCGCAACAAAUGUAAAACACGGUUAUUGUUUUGUUAAAUUUUAUUAAUUUAAUGUUUCAAACUGUUGAUUUAGCUUUAAGUAUUAAUAUACUAUUUAUUUAUUAGUAUAAGUUUUAAUAUGAAGUACAAAGGUUAGUUGAAUUACCGUAUGUAAGUAAGAAUAAUAUAACCAGUUGCAAUAACUG